GUAAUACACUCCGUAAUUUUAGAUGUUGGACAAAGAUGAUUGUGGCAAAGCUAAAACUUGUUAUAGCAGACCGGCAAGCUGUUCAUCAUCUCAGGACUGUGAAUAUCUUCUCAAGUAUUCUGUAUCUGGACAAGAUGUCAUGUUUGAACUAAGUUCCAGCAAAUAUCAGUGGAUUGCUGUUGGAUUUAACCCAAACAAGGGAUCGAUGGUAAUUGUUAUUGGAAAAUCAUCGAGGUGGACGUUAUAGAAACUAUAGCAGUGAGAACGCGAACACGUGACCACACUGUUAAACUAACGGUUUCUAUUUUUAUUUAGGCUGGUGGAGAAUCAUUAGCGUGUGAAACCUAUGGGAGUAAGGUUGUACUUCGUCAUUACAAUAUGCCAAAGAAAGAACGGCCUGAUCCAAGUAGUGUAAGUAUAUAACAAAUUCUCUUGUCUAGGGUUGCAUAAUAUUUUAUGUACAUGCUAGUUUUAUGCACAUUUGAAUUUCUACAUCAACUUUGUAGUCUGUAAAUCUACAGAUGGUUAAAAUUAUAACUUAUUGGGCAACAGUCGGACCUCAAUCACCUAUCCAGUGGACACCUCGAAUUAACGUUCCCCGCGUUGGUGUUCGAAUAUAGUAGUUUAAUAGCCGACACUUCCAGCAUUUCUAUGAGUGCGCACGAAACAACGUACGUUUUGAAAUCGAGGCGGACAAUGUAAACCAUUGCAAUAAAAGUAGUUUUCAAUUGCCACCCAGCAAAUUCGGGAAAAUUCUAAUUAUUAAAUCGAUCAGUGUGAUGUAAUUAUUGUUUCUGUAUAAAAGUUUACUCAGGCGUUCAUAUAUAAUAUCUGUUAUUUUAAGGAAACAAAGGCAACACUCCUAUCUAGCAACAUGACAGGAAAUAUUCUUACUUGCAAGUAAGUAUGAUAACAUUAUUUAUUAAGAAACAUGAUGUAUAAUGCAAAUUAGGUAAUACGUCGAAAGUGGAAACAUAUUUAGGAUCAUAUAAUGAUAUAUAGAAUUCGCUUCGCAUUCAAAGUUAGAC